AUUAUAUUGAAGUUAAAUAACUUAUACAGAUACAAGGUUAAUUUUGAUACCGAAAGUUGACAUUCCUGAUGAUUCUUACGAGGGAGUUGAUUUAACAAAAGACUACCAAGAUUAUUUAAGUGAGGAAUAUAUUCAAUUGAUAAUUUACAGCAAACAUGAACCGGAAACCAAAAAACGAUCAAACGGAUUGUGAACAUAAUGUGUAUGAAUUAGGGAAAGUUCAUUUCUGGGAAAAAUACGGCGUUCAACGAUUUCCGUACCGAGGGAGACGCAGAUACUCACCAUGUGUUUACCAAUCUGUAGACGGUGGAACUAUUAUCUCAAAUGACGUUUUCGGGCUGACAAUCAGACAGUUUGAGCGAAUGUUUAAAGCCUGUUUAAUAAGAAGGAAAACACAUGAACAGUAUAUACUAAACCUACGUUAUCCUGACAAAACCUCAGACGAAUAUCUGGAAUACUUACAUGAUAGUAAAGUUUGCAAUAAAGAGAACUUGUCCUGGACAGAAAGUAGUUUGAAGGACAAAUACUUAUAUGAACACUUAGUGAGUACAGCUGGUACUGAAAUAGACAUACGUACAAGACAACAACUAUUUAUUACAGAUGAUAUGAUACAGAAUGCAACUUGGAGAUCAGACGGUAACAAUUUGAAAGUUAUAUCGAGUGGAAGUUUAGCAGAGGGACUGGAUUUACCAGGUAGUGACAUGGAUAUAAUGGUACUCAUCGAAAACGUAGACGUAAUACGUGAUGUAAGGAAUAUCAAACACCCAGUACAAAUCACAACAUUGCUUAUGGAGAAUAAUAAUGAUCAUCCUGGUUUUACUAGACUCCGAUUAAUAGCAGGAGGGAAUGGGGAGUCUUUCUUCAUACAAAACAAAUGCUUUCAAAGUACAAGACAGGGCUUAUAUUUGUCAGUCAACUUAUUUGUUAAUAAUAUAAAUAGGUCAAUCCCCAAUAUGAAAUUAUCAUCUCACGGUCCCUGCUUAUCAGAUGACGAUCAAAGUGUGGAUAUUGCAUAUUGUCUACGAAGUAAAUAUUUACCUUACAAUGCAAUUCCCUGGGCAUCGCGUCACCGAUUACAAUGGCCACCUAAUUCCGUAAUUGACAAGAUUAAAAACGGCGGAUGUUUGUUAGUACCUAUUGGACCAAAGAAUAUGCCAGAUUGUACUACAUUAUGGAGAUUAUCUUUCUCUGUGGCAGAGAAACAACUUGUAUAUUCGUUUAACUACACUCAACUGUUAUGUUACUGUCUCCUCAAACUAACAUUAAAGCACAUUGUUUACGCAAACAAAGAUUCCGAAGGUUUGUUGUGUUCUUACUUUCUGAAGACAGCUUUAUUCUGGGUCUCAGAAGAAGUUGAUAUUGACACAUUUCAAUUAUCUCAAUUAUAUUCUUGUUUUUGUCACUGUCUUAGUAAAAUGAUUUUAUGGGUAAAUAAAUGUUAUUGUCCGAACUAUUUUAUACCUGAGCAUAAUAUGUUCCUAGGAAAGAUCAAUGCAGAUAACAAUAAAAUACUAAUUAAUGUGAUGUAUAAAAUAAAGUGUGACGGAAUUCAUGGAUUGAUAAAUAGUUUAUUCCAAUACGAACAUGAACAUCAUCGUUUAUUAGGUACGCAGCUUGAACCUUCAAUUUUUAAAGUUGACUUACUAUUUUACAGGAUAUGUUUUGAAAGUUAUGGUUCUCUGUAUAACAUUUCCAGCUGUUUAAAAUUACUCGAAUUCAUUGAAUAUUUACUUAAGUCGAAGUCGUGUACAUUUAUUGUUGAUGUAUGUAAAUGGCGUCAUUCCAAAAUAAGUCAAUGUGCAGCGCAACGACUACCAUUACCAACAGUAACGACUGAAAUGUACAACAUACACAAACGUUAUCACAGACAUUUACAAGACGGUAUUAAAGCAGAUGCUGUCUCAGGCUGGUUGUUAUAUGCCUCGUUUUAUUAUGUAUCAGGGCAGUUCAAUGUUACACUAAGCAUUACGGAUUAUGUUCUUUCAAAAUGUUUAACUGAUAUGAUAGCAAUGAACUUUCAAAAAUACCAUGAACAACAAAUCAAUUAUUACAGAAAUCAUGUACAUUCCACAAUGACACUUCAGAACAAGAUGAGAAUUGCAGUUGUUAACGAUGUUAAGUACUUACAGCACUCGUCACUUAUACCACAGGAACUGAAGGAGGAGGUGAAAGACCGAAGCAUAUUUUUAACUCCUAUUGUUUUGUCUCACUGUCUUAGAUUUCUCUGCUAUCAUCAUAUAGGAAAUAUUUCAAACAGACAACAUGCUUUGCGUGAUUUGAACUGUAUAGUGAAAGAAACAAAUUAUGUGGAUAUAUAUAGGGGAUCUGAUUCAUUAACAAUACUUGGAGUCUGCUAUGAGAUAUCCGGUGAUAAGAAUGCAGCCUAUCAAUGUUAUGAUGAAGCUCUACAAUUUAGUGGUGUUAAAAGUGCCACAGCAGAAGCGAGGAGAUCAAAACUUUUAACAGAUUUAGUAUAAUUCUCAGGUUCAUCAUUAGUCGGAGUUUGUCAAUUGAUAUCAGUUAAUUAAGUUUGUGAGUGUAUACUUUGGAAGUGUCUUCAUUCUGCAUAUAUGACACCUAUUGCAAUAUGCCAUUACUACAUACCUACAAAUGCAGUAAGAUAUUUAAAGCACUUUUUAUUAAAACACAAUUAUUGACAGUUAUCGGUGCAUGUAACCAUUAGUAAAGCAUCCGUUGCAAUUCUCACUAUUGAUGAUUAUAUAUAAUCAUUAUUGAAACAUGUUAAAGUUAGUGAUAUGUUUAGAAAAAAAGGACAUUAAGUGAUUAUUUUUAUUAAAUGGAAUACUAAUACUUUUGUGUCCACAGAUACGCUACCCGGUUCAUUUAAUCAAAUUAUGAGAUAAAAGGUUAUAGAUUAAUUCUAUCAGUGUGUUUGGCAUUAUUUUGAUUAUAAGAUUAGGAGAAAUAAGAAAUCUUAACACAAUGUUAAGUUCUUUUAUUGUAAGUUUCGUCGUUUUUAAAAAGUGGUAACAAGUGUAAUAUUUGAUAUUUCAUAAAAACAUUUGAAAUUAUAUUUUAUACAUUGAUAGAACAUAUGGUUUCACUACAGUUGGUGUAAUAUGUUCUAAACAUAACAGUGACAUGCAGAUUUUCUGCAUUAUUGUAAUAACAGGUUGGUU